UGAACCAACCAAAAAACCCCUAUUAUUUUUCACUCUGCACACCCCUACUCUUCCGUUUUGGUAUUCUGCAAUCCAAGACAGACGGAGGAUGAAAUGGUCCGAGAAUGAAACACAAAUAUUGUGAAUAAAUUGUCCAUCCAAACGAGUUCUUACUGGCACGUCCAAACUGUGGAGACGGGAGCGCUCGAGCCGGAGAAAUCAGGCCAAGAGGAGAGAAGUUUUAAGCUCUCUCUCGCUCCCUAACUCAGGUAUAGACGAGAGAGGUUUGAAUCUCUCUCUCUCUCUAAAUGCCCAAAUGGGUGAUCAUACACUUCACAGUUUUCCCUUGCUUCAUCCUCAGAUCUCCAAAGCUUGCACUUUUGAGCAGGGAUUGUUUUUUUUCACGGACAAUCUCUAGACCCAUUUCAUUCCUAUGUGAAAAACCAGUUCAUGACACAGAAAGGAGGCUCUUAAAACAAGCCAUGGAUUCUCUCUAUAGUUCUGAUAAAAGAAUAUGCACUGACAAGUCUGAGGCCUACUCUUUCGCCAUAAAAGCUUGUGGGGAAGCCAAAGUGUCUGUCCAAGCUUCACAACUCCACGCCCAUUUGAUCACAGAUGGGUGUUGUUCUUCCAUUUUUUUGCAAAACCAUUUAAUCAGUCUCUAUGGAAAGUGUGGUCUUUUCAGUGAGUCGCGACAAGUUUUUGAUGAAAUUCAGUCAAAAAAUGUAUUUUCUUGGAACACCAUGAUCGCUGUUUACUCGAGCUUUAGCAGGUUGGGCGAAGCUUCUCAAUUGUUUGAUGAAAUGGGUGAAAGAGACUCUGUUUCUUGGAACACUUUAAUGGCCGCUUAUGCUCAACAUAAUCAAGGUGUGGAAACCCUCAAACUGUUUGCACAAAUGCUGCAAUUUUCUAGUUUGGGGCCUGAUAAGUUUACUUUUGCUAGUGUUAUGAAGGCUUUUGGGUGCUAUCCAUUGUUAGGAUUUGGCCAACAAAUCCAUUCUUUGUUGGUGAAGCUGGAUUACGAAAGGCUUCCUCUGGUUCAGACUCUUCUGGUCGAUAUGUAUGUUAAGUGUGAUGAAAUUGAAUCAGCGAAAUUGGUUUUCAAUGACAUGCUUGAUCCUGAUGCAUUUACAUCGAAUACUAUGAUUCUUGGAUGUUCGAGGUUAUGGAGUGUGGAGCAUGCUCUUGAAUUUUUCUAUAGAAUGAAUCAAAGAGACCUUAUUUCUUGGAAUACCAUGAUUUCGAUACUGUCUCAGCAUGGUAAAGGGGUUGAAUGCCUUGUUUUAUUGGAGGAAAUGGUAAGGCAAGGGUGGAUGCCAAAUGGUAUAACAUAUGCUAGUGCUUUAAGUGCUUGUGCUGGUAUGCUUGAUUUGGAAUGGGGGAAGCAUUUGCAUGCGAGAAUUUUGCGUUCGGGGCUUGAAAUUGAUGUAUUUACAGGUAGUUCCCUUAUAGAUAUGUAUGCCAAAUGUGGUUCUUUAGAGGCAGCAAAGCAGUUGUUCGACCGCUUAUUGGAACAAAAUGCAGUUUCUUGGACUUCGAUGAUUGGAGGAUUCGCUCGGUUUGGGAAAGUUGAAGAAGCUCUCGCUUUGUUCAAAGAAAUGUUGGAAAUACCAGUUAGUGUAGACCAGUUCACCCUUGCCACCAUUUUAGGACUUUGUUCGAGUCAAGGAAGUUUAAGCCUUGGCAAUUGUAUUCAUUCGUUUACCAUCAAAAUUGGAUAUGAUUCGUCAAUCCCAGUGGCAAAUGCUCUUGUUACAAUGUAUUCCAAGUGUGGAAGCCUUCAAAAUGCAAGCCUUUUGUUUCAGACCAUACCUUCUAGAGAUAUAAUUUCAUGGACGACAAUGAUAACGGUGUAUUCCCAAAUGGGUGAUGUUGAAAAAGCAUAUGGAUUUUUUGAAAAGAUGCCUGAAAGGAGCACUGUUACUUGGAAUUCAAUGUUGGCAUCAUUUGUUCAACAUGAUUAUUGCGAAGAAGGAUUGAAACUCUUUAUACGUAUGAAGAGGGAGGGAGAUUUAAAACCAGACUGGAUCACUUUUGCUAGUCUUUUCAGUGCCUGUGCCAAUUUGGCAUCUUUAAAACUUGGGAGCCAAGUAUUUUCUCAAACGAUCAAAGUCGGGCUUGACUCCCAUGUCUCAGUCGCAAACGGUCUUGUUACCAUGUAUUCGAAAUGUGGACGAGUUCUGGAGGCCCACACAAUUUUUAAUUGUAUUUACAAUAAGGAUUUAGUAUCUUGGAAUUCUAUGAUUGCAGGAUAUGCACAACAUGGGUUAGGAUCAAAAGCAAUCGAAUUGUUCGAGAACAUGCUAAAAACAGGCACUAAACCAGAUUAUAUCAGUUAUAUUGCUGUUUUAUCUGGUUGUAGCCACUCUGGUCUUUUAUCAGAAGGGAUUCACUAUUUUGACUCGAUGAGUCGAUAUUAUGGUAUAUCUCCGAAUUCUGAGCACUAUGCAUGCAUGAUAGAUAUGCUUGGUCGAGCUGGUAGGCUAAAAGAGGCAGUAGAUAUGAUUGAUAGCAUGCCAAUGCAACCAAGCGCUGGUGUAUGGGGAGCUUUGCUAAGUGCUUGUAGGAUCCAUGGCAAUAUUAGGCUUGCAGAGCAUGCAGCUAAGCACUUGUUUGAGUUGGAUCCGAAGGACUCAGGGAGUUAUGUGCUAUUGGCUAACAUGUAUGCUGAUAUUGGUGAUGUUAAUGGUGUUUCAGAUGUUAGGAAAUUAAUGAGGGAGAGAGGAAUAAGGAAGAGUCCUGGUUGCAGUUGGGUAGAAGUUGACAAUACUAUUCAUUCAUUUACAGUUGAUGAUGUGAGCCACCCAAGAAUCAAUGAUGUUCGAGCAGUGUUGGAUAGUCUUCUUGAGAAGAUUAGAGGAAUUGGGUACAAGAGUAAUGGCCAUGUUGAUUCUCAUGGGCAUCAUGGUGAGAAGUUGGCUGUUGCUUUUGGAUUGAUGAGCUUGCCAGUUGGUGUGCCCAUCCAGGUUAUGAAGAACCUUCGUGUUUGCUCUGCAGUCACUCAGAGGGAGAUCAUAAUGAGAGAUGCUAAUUGUUUUCAUCAUUUUCGCGAUGGUUCCUGCUCAUGUGGGGAUUACUGGUGAUACAGCUAUUGCUUUACCUCCAAAUGCUUAUUUGCAGGGAACUUGCUUAUGGGUUCUCUUGCAAAGAGCAAUGCUCACGUUGCUUCGUCAUGGAAAAUUGUCUAUGUGACUGUGAGCAUUCCCUUUCUUACACCCAAAGACAUUACAUAGUUUUUGCCAUUAACUAAGUUCCCCUAAUUUCAUGCUUCAAAUUAGAUGCAGAUUCUUCUUACACUGGCUGUUUCAGCCUCACACGAUCCAUUCUAUGUUUAAUAAUUCAUGAGGAUUUUGAAUUCUUCACAACUGCUUCCUCAAACCAGAUGCACAGCUUCUUCAUACACUGUAUGCAAAUGUCAUAUCAGGUAUUUUCUUUUCAUUUCUUUGUUGUUUGAUGGCGGCUCUAGAGAUCAUGAUAAAGUAGCCUCAGUUUCAAUUGCUUUUUUGUCUUUUGUUUUCCUUCUUUUUGGUAAGUGUUUUUCAUUUUACUAUGAACCUUUGAUUUGAAAAUAUUCUAAGUUAUUUGCGGCUGGUGCAUAGAGUCUUUUAUCAGACCUUUUAAAAUAUUUUGAAUAUAGGAUCUUACUACCUGGAAGCCGAUAAAGAGGCCAUAAGUUGAGAAAAUACUAUUGGUAGUUUGGUUCGGGUUCCAUAAUUGUCAGCUCUUAUGAGAGGGGCCCAUCAAUCUAUUUUGUUGGCAAUUCAGUUUAAAAUUCCCACAGUAACAGAGGGUUUUUUGGCUGUUACCUGUAUCCAGCACACGCCUUGAUGGAAGGCUCUGGAGGCAGCAUUGAGUUCUAUGGUUGAUUGGGUUCUUUUGAUUUUUCAUUUACGAACAGUGUAGGAGACCACAUUUAUCUAUGAUAUAAGAAGACAAUGAACUCUAUCCAUUAGAUGGG